GCCCUACCAAUUCGCAUUCGAUUGCGGGUUCGAUCAGCCGACUACGGGUGAAGAUCAAAACUGCAUCUUCGGCAAAUUAGGGUUCGCUGGAUUCUGUUUCUCUUGCGCCUUUUUGUUUUUGAUUUCAACUUGUCUUUGGAAGUCAACUGGAAUUAUGAGAUGGGGUUGCUUUAGUUUGCAGAAAUUAAGGCUCAAUGUGUUCAAUUUGGUUAUCUGACAAAUGAAAAUGAAGAGGUCAAGGAGUGAAGUUUUUGGUUUGAGGAGGGUAAGACUGCCACAUAUUUUGUUUCUUAUAGCUGCAUUGUAUUUGAUUGUUGUUUGCUUCAAGUUCCCUGCGUAUUUUGAGACAUCCAGCACUCCUGAUAAUGAAGCAGUAAAGAGAUAUCAGUUAGAAGUGAGUAAACCUUCGUUAAGAUCCGCAUAUAAGGAUGAAAUUAGUGAAGCAUUAGAAAAUGAUAACAGAUUUGAAAGAGUGCCCCAACAAGAGAAAAAUUUAGAAGAGAAACCGGGUGAUAAUCUUAGGGAAAGUCCGUUAGAGGAUGGUAACAGAUUGGAAAAAGUGAGUCAACAAGAGAAAGAGGCUAGUUUCCCUCCUCUUGAUCGUCGAUAUGGGAGAUUAACUGGUAAUAUAUUGAGGCAAAGGCAUAGGACCAGAGAUAUGUCAGGAUUGGAAAAAAUGGCAGAUGAAGCUUGGACUUUAGGUGGGAAGGCAUGGGAAGAGGUUCUUAAGUACCAUGAGAAGGAUGCCAAGUUGGCUUCCAUACUUGAAGGGAAGCAAGAGCGGUGUCCACCAUGGGUAUCAGUCACUGGUGCAGAACUAACUAAAGGGGACAGAAUCAUGUUCCUUCCCUGUGGUCUUGCUGCCGGAUCAUCUAUUACAGUGGUGGGAACCCCUCAUCAUGCUCAUAGUGAGUAUGUUCCCCAACUUGCAAAACUAAAAAUGGGUAAUCCCUUGGUUUUGGUUUCCCAGUUUAAGGUUGAGUUGCAGGGGCUAAAGUCUGUAGUUGCGGAGGAUCCACCAAAAAUUUUGCAUCUAAAUCCUCGAUUGAGAGGUGAUUGGAGCCAUCAACCAGUCAUUGAACACAAUACAUGUUAUAGGAUGCAAUGGGGUGCAGCUCAGAGGUGUGAUGGGUUACCAUCAAAAGGGGAUGAUGACAUGCUUGUUGAUGGAUUUCCAAGAUGUGAAAAAUGGAUGCGUAAUGAUGUUGUUGAUUCAAAAGAAUCACGAACAACAACAUGGUUCAAGCGGUUUGUAGGACGUGCCCAGAAACCAGAAGUGACUUGGCCAUUUCCUUUUGUGGAGGGUAAAUUGUUUGUCUUGACCAUACGUGCUGGAGUUGAUGGAUACCAUAUAAAUGUCGGAGGCCGGCAUGUGACUUCGUUCCCGUAUCGUACAGGGUUUACACUUGAGGAUGCAACAGGGUUAUCGAUUAAAGGGGAUGUAGAGGUUCAUUCGGUUUUUGCUACAUCACUCCCUACCUCUCAUCCAAGCUUCUCACCGCAAAGGGUAAUAGAAAUGUCAGAGAAGUGGAAAUCUAAACCGUUGCCACAUCAUCCUGUUUUGGUUUUUAUUGGGAUUCUAUCUGCUACCAAUCACUUUGCGGAGCGUAUGGCUAUUAGGAAAACAUGGAUGCAAUCUUCAGCAAUCAAGGCCUCAAAUGUAGUAGUUCGCUUUUUUGUUGCACUGAGUCCAAGGAGGGAGCAAAAUGCAGUUCUGAAAAAGGAGGCUGAUUACUUUGGAGAUAUUGUUAUCUUGACAUUUGUGGACCAUUACGAGCUUGUGGUGCUUAAAACCAUAGCAAUCUGCGAAUAUGCGGUUCAAAAUGUGAGUGCGUCAUACGUGAUGAAAUGUGAUGAUGACACUUUCACAAGGGUGGAUACCAUCUUAAAGGAACUUGACGGUGUCCCCGAUCAACAGUCCCUUUACAUGGGCAAUCUCAAUCUCUUCCACAGGCCUCUCAGACAUGGAAAGUGGGCAGUCAGUUUUGAGGAGUGGCCAGAAUCGGUAUAUCCACCUUACGCAAACGGACCAGGAUACAUAAUAUCCAGUGACAUAGCGAAGUUUGUUGUAUCUCAACGCGCCAAAAGAAAGCUCAGGAUAUUCAAGAUGGAAGACGUGAGCAUGGGAAUGUGGGUGGAACAGUUCAAUAGCACCACCACGGUCCGCUACUCCCACCAUGGUAAGUUCUGUCAGUACGGGUGUAUGGAUAACUACUAUACGGCACACUAUCAAUCACCAAGACAAAUGGUGUGUUUGUGGGAUAAUUUGGCAAGAGGACGGCCUCGAUGCUGCAAUUUUAGAUGAGAAAAUGCGGCAGUCGGUGGCGGGGAUUUUGUUGUGAUUUUAUUGUGAAAAAACAAGUUAUGUAGUAGAAUGGAAUUGUUGAUUAUGGUGGCGGGCAUGGUGUUGAAGAUGAACCACCGUGUUGGCCAUUGUUGUUUUGAUUAUUUUUGGGUGUUGGCUUUUGAAUAUGUGGGGCCUUGAGAUUAAGAUUGUUAGCCAACUUGUACAAUUAGUUUGUAUAGAACUCAUGAUGUCUCCCAACUUUAUUGAUUUUUCCAAAAGUUGUCACCCAGCAGAAAUGAUGGUUUUGGUAA